GAAGAAAUGUUGGCAAUUUGGCGAUGAGAAGUUGUGAAAACUGACCUCAUAGUGGUACACAAGCACUAUGGGACCUGGCACUCAUGCUUAUUGGGCAGCCAUUCUCCACUGGUAAUGUUGAGAAGCCCUCCACUCUACUGGAAAACACUAAUCUGAUCUUGGAAGUGGCUGUUUGUGGCAGGAUGUGUCGACGAUGAUGAUGGCAAGAAAGCAAGAUGUCCGCAUUCCCACCUACAACAUCAGUGUGGUGGGAUUGUCUGGGACCGAGAAGGAGAAAGGCCAGUGUGGCAUUGGGAAGUCUUGUCUCUGUAACCGCUUUGUGCGCCCAAGUGCUGAUGAGUUUCACUUGGACCAUACCUCUGUCCUCAGCACCAGUGACUUUGGUGGGCGAGUGGUCAAUAAUGACCACUUUCUCUACUGGGGAGAAGUUGGCCGCUCCCUGGAGGAUUGUGUGGAAUGUAAGAUGCACAUUGUGGAACAGACUGAAUUUAUUGAUGAUCAGACUUUUCAACCUCAUCGAAGCACGGCCCUGCAGCCCUACAUCAAGAGAGCUGCUGCAACCAAGCUUGCAUCAGCUGAAAAACUCAUGUACUUUUGCACUGACCAGCUGGGGCUGGAACAGGACUUUGAGCAGAAACAAAUGCCAGAUGGAAAGCUGCUGGUGGAUGGUUUUCUUCUUGGUAUUGAUGUUAGCAGGGGCAUGAAUAGGAACUUUGAUGACCAGCUCAAGUUUGUCUCUAAUCUCUACAAUCAGCUUGCAAAAACAAAAAAGCCCAUCGUGGUGGUCCUGACCAAGUGUGAUGAGGGUGUCGAGCGGUACAUUAGAGAUGCACAUACUUUUGCCUUAAGCAAAAAGAACCUUCAGGUUGUAGAGACCUCAGCAAGAUCCAAUGUAAAUGUGGAUUUGGCUUUCAGCACCUUAGUGCAACUCAUUGAUAAAAGUCGGGGGAAAACAAAAAUUAUUCCUUAUUUUGAAGCUCUCAAACAACAAAGCCAGCAGAUAGCUACAGCAAAAGACAAAUAUGAGUGGCUGGUGAGUCGCAUUGUGAAAAAUCACAAUGAGAAUUGGUUGAGUGUCAGCCGAAAGAUGCAGGCCUCCCCAGAGUACCAGGACUAUGUCUACCUGGAAGGGACUCAGAAGGCCAAGAAGCUGUUUCUACAGCACAUCCAUCGCCUCAAGCAUGAGCACAUUGAGCGCAGGAGAAAGCUGUACCUAGCUGCCCUGCCAUUAGCUUUUGAAGCUCUUAUUCCUAAUCUAGAUGAAAUAGACCACCUAAGCUGCAUAAAAGCCAAAAAACUAUUAGAGACUAAGCCAGAAUUCUUGAAGUGGUUUGUUGUGCUUGAAGAGACACCAUGGGAUGCCACCAGCCACAUUGACAACAUGGAAAAUGAACGGAUUCCCUUUGACUUAAUGGAUACUGUCCCUGCCGAGCAGCUCUACGAGGCCCACUUAGAGAAGCUGAGGAAUGAGAGGAAGAGAGCUGAGAUGAGAAGGGCAUUCAAGGAAAACCUGGAGACCUCGCCUUUCAUAACUCCUGGAAAACCUUGGGAAGAGGCCCGUAGUUUUAUUAUGAAUGAAGAUUUCUAUCAGUGGCUGGAAGAAUCUGUAUACAUGGAUAUUUAUGGCAAACAUCAAAAGCAGAUUAUAGACAAAGCAAAGGAAGAAUUUCAAGAGUUACUUUUGGAAUAUUCAGAAUUGUUUUAUGAGCUGGAGCUGGAUGCUAAGCCCAGCAAGGAAAAGAUGGGCGUCAUUCAGGAUGUCUUGGGGGAAGAACAGCGAUUUAAAGCACUACAAAAGCUCCAGGCAGAGCGGGAUGCCCUCAUUCUGAAGCACAUUCACUUUGUGUACCACCCAACAAAAGAGACCUGCCCCAGCUGCCCAGCAUGUGUGGAUGCUAAGAUUGAGCACUUGAUUAGUUCUCGGUUUAUCCGACCAUCUGACCGGAAUCAGAAAAAUUCACUUUCUGACCCCAACAUUGAUAGGAUCAACUUGGUUAUCUUGGGCAAAGAUGGCCUCGCCCGAGAGUUGGCCAAUGAGAUUCGAGCUCUUUGUACUAAUGAUGACAAGUAUGUGAUAGAUGGUAAAAUGUAUGAACUUUCCCUGAGGCCAAUAGAGGGGAAUGUCAGGCUUCCUGUGAACUCUUUCCAGACACCAACCUUUCAGCCCCACGGCUGUCUCUGCCUUUACAAUUCAAAGGAAUCACUAUCCUACGUAGUAGAGAGUAUAGAAAAAAGCAGAGAGUCCACACUGGGCCGGCGGGAUAAUCAUUUAGUCCACCUCCCCCUGACAUUAAUUUUGGUUAACAAGAGAGGAGAUACCAGUGGAGAGACCCUGCAUAGCUUAAUACAACAAGGUCAGCAAAUUGCUAGCAAACUUCAGUGUGUCUUUCUAGACCCAGCUUCUGCUGGCAUCGGUUAUGGACGGAACAUUAACGAGAAGCAAAUCAGUCAAGUUUUAAAAGGACUGCUAGACUCAAAGCGAAACUUAAACCUGGUCAGUUCUACUGCUAGCAUCAAAGAUUUGGCCGAUGUCGAUCUGCGAAUUGUUAUGUGUCUGAUGUGUGGGGAUCCUUUUAGUGCGGACGAUAUACUCUUUCCUGUCCUUCAGUCCCAAACCUGUAAGUCUUCCCAUUGUGGGAGCAACAACUCUGUUUUACUUGAACUUCCAAUUGGACUACACAAAAAGCGCAUUGAACUGUCUAUUCUCUCAUACCAUUCCUCGUUUAGCAUCAGAAAGAGCCGGUUGGUUCAUGGGUACAUUGUUUUUUAUUCAGCCAAACGCAAGGCCUCCUUGGCUAUGUUAUGUGCCUUUCUUUGUGAAGUGCAGGAUAUUAUCCCUAUCCAGCUUGUAGCACUCACUGAUGGCGCCAUAGACGUCCUGGACAAUGACUUAAGUCGGGAACAGCUGUCAGAGGGGGAGGAGAUCGCUCAAGAGAUUGAUGGAAGGUUCACAAGUAUCCCCUGUAGCCAACCCCAGCACAAACUUGAGAUCUUUCACCCAUUUUUUAAAGAUGUGGUGGAGAAAAAGAACAUAAUUGAGGCCACUCAUAUGUACGAUAAUGCUGCUGAGGCCUGUAGCACCACUGAGGAGGUCUUUAACUCCCCCCGGGCCGGCUCACCACUCUGCAACUCAAACCUGCAGGAUUCAGAAGAGGAUAUCGAGCCCCCAUCUUACACCCUGUUCCGAGAAGAUACAUCACUGCCCUCUCUGUCCAAAGACCAUUCCAAACUUUCUAUGGAACUGGAGGGAAAUGACGGGCUGUCUUUCAUCAUGAGCAAUUUUGAGAGUAAACUGAACAACAAAGUACCUCCACCAGUCAAACCAAAGCCCCCUGUCCAUUUUGAAAUCACGAAGGGAGAUCUGUCUUAUUUAGACCAAGGCCAUAGGGAUGGACAGAGGAAGUCUGUGUCCUCUAGUCCCUGGCUGCCUCAGGAUGGCUUUGAUCCUUCUGACUAUGCUGAACCCAUGGAUGCUGUGGUGAAGCCGAGGAAUGAAGAAGAAAAUAUAUACUCUGUGCCCCAUGACAGCACCCAAGGCAAAAUCAUCACCAUUCGGAACAUCAACAAAGCCCAAUCCAAUGGCAGUGGCAAUGGUUCCGACAGUGAGAUGGACACCAGUUCUCUAGAGCGAGGCCGCAAGGUAUCCAUUGUGAGCAAGCCUGUGCUAUACAGGACGAGAUGCACCCGGCUGGGGCGGUUUGCUAGUUACCGAACCAGUUUCAGCGUGGGGAGUGAUGAUGAGCUGGGGCCCAUUCGGAAGAAAGAGGAGGAUCAGGCAUCCCAGGGCUAUAAAGGGGACAAUGCUGUCAUUCCAUAUGAAACCGAUGAAGACCCGAGGAGGAGGAAUAUCCUUCGCAGUCUAAGGAGGAACACUAAGAAACCAAAGCCCAAACCUCGACCGUCCAUCACAAAGGCAACCUGGGAGAGUAACUACUUUGGGGUGCCCUUAACAACUGUCGUAACUCCAGAGAAGCCGAUCCCCAUUUUUAUUGAAAGGUGCAUUGAGUACAUUGAAGCUACAGGUCUGAGCACUGAAGGCAUCUACCGGGUCAGUGGGAACAAGUCAGAGAUGGAGAGUCUGCAGAGACAGUUUGAUCAAGACCACAAUCUGGACUUGGCAGAGAAAGACUUCACGGUGAACACUGUGGCAGGCGCCAUGAAGAGCUUCUUCUCAGAACUGCCAGACCCCCUGGUCCCCUACAAUAUGCAGAUCGACUUGGUGGAGGCGCACAAGAUCAACGACCGGGAGCAGAAAUUACAUGCCCUUAAGGAGGUAUUAAAGAAAUUCCCAAAGGAAAACCAUGAAGUCUUCAAAUACGUCAUCUCUCACCUAAACAAAGUCAGCCACAACAACAAGGUGAACCUCAUGACCAGCGAGAACCUCUCCAUCUGCUUCUGGCCCACCUUGAUGAGGCCCGACUUCAGCACCAUGGACGCGCUCACGGCCACGCGCACCUACCAGACAAUCAUCGAGCUCUUCAUCCAGCAGUGCCCCUUCUUCUUCUACAACCGCCCCAUCAGCGAGCCCCCAGGUGCCGUGCCCAGCUCCCCCUCGGCUGUGGCUGCCACCGUCCCCUUCCUCACCUCCACGCCUGUCACCAGUCAGCCGUCACCCCCCCAGUCACCACCACCCACCCCACAGUCCCCCAUGCAGCCACUGCUCCCCUCCCAGCUUCAAGCCGAACACACGUUGUGAGCCAUCAGGGCCUGGGGCAACGGGGAACUGGUCUUCUCUUAAACAGCGUGGCACUCAGCCUUGAACACAACCACAGCUUCUGGGGCAGGGGCCAAAGCCAAGUGCCCCUCUUCCCUGUCAGUUCUCAAGACCUCAGCGCGGGGACCAGCUCGUGUCCUCCACAAGCUAGGCUGUCAGGCACCCAAGCCCAGCAGCAGCAGUGGGGCCCUGCCCUUCGACUCGGACCACUUUAAUGACUGACCUAGUCAGGCAGCAGCCCCAAGUGCUCUUCCGCUGCUCCCUGGACCACCUCGCCCAGCUGUGCACACCAGCCUCAGGGUGUCUCCCUGCUUGUGCAGACCCCAGUACUGGGCCAGAACCCUGGCCUCUGCCAGAGGAGGACAUUCUGAAUGCAGGCCUGCCCCGGGCAGGGCUGGCACCCCUUUUGUCUCUUCCCACCUUCAUUGUCUGCCCACACAUACCUGCCCUGGGGGUCCUCAGGAACAUGUAGGUCUCAGUUCUGCCAACCCAAGGUACAUAUGGGGGCGUCUGCCCAGCUGAUGAGAACCAGGGGAGGAUAGCUUUGUGCCUGGACCGAAGAGAGUGUGACUUCUCCAUCCCAGAUCCCCGCUUCACAGGCUUCUGGACACACCUGUAGGAACACUGGAAGAGGGUGAAGGCUCCGCCCACGAGUCAACCGCAGGAGGAAGAAACCGCAGACCUCGAGAUUCCACCGUCUUCCACCUCUGCGGGCAGGUGGACAGAUGGAGGUGGCCCCGAAGGCUCAGAGCAAAAUAAGGAUGUCCGGAGCAGAGGCCUGUGAGCCUUUUGGGUCCCACUUAGGUCCUUUCAGCAAAUCCCCUCUCCCCAAGAUGGUUGCAGCCCCUGGUGGGAGAGCUGCAGGUGGGACCAGCCUGGCCCCGCUGCCAACACACUACACUGCUAAGGAAACACUACUUGUGCACAUGGGGUGAGGUGGGCACCUGGGGCCUGGGUUGGUGCGUUUGGUGUUAAAGUGGAAUGACACCAGCAGGCGUGUCUGGGAUGUGGGCAGGCAGGGUUGUCUGCUGGGGCCCUCACAGGAGCACACAGCUCAAGACACAGGCAUUUUGCCUUCCUGUCAUCACCACCCUGGCCCUGCCAGGUCUUUCCACCCGCCCCAAGAGCCAUUUCCACCCCCUACCUCUACUGGAAGGGCCACUACCCUAUCCCCCAAGUUUUCAUUUUCAUGGUGGCAUCACGGCCUCCGCAGCCCUGGGUGUAGGGGAGGGGCAGAGAGGCUCCUCACUUGUCAUUGCACUUUAGAAACAGCUUUUGCAUGGUAGGUUCCCAGGGCCUCCCCAUCACAGGGCACCGCACCGCACCGCACUGCAGGAGAGGCCUCCAGGUGAGCAGUGCUGCCACCUGCUGGUAGAGGCGGGCACUGUGCCCACUAGGUCCUUUGGGUAAACCAGCUGUCGAGUUCUUGAUGGCAAAAUAAGGUGCUUAGAAACACUAAAUUACCCCCAAGAGUUUUGUGACUUUACUUUUUUUUUUUUUUUUUUUUUUACAGUGCUGGGGGUUAACCCAGGGCCUUUUGUCAGGCCACUGAGCUACACCCCAGCCCAUUAUAUUACCUAAGAACAUAAAACCAAACCCAAGGUACAGACGCGUUGUGUGUGGGUGCUGGGUGCUGGUUUCCUCCCCUCUAGUGGGUCUGUAACACCUGGAGCUGUAGGUCUGGGUGGCUGGAGGGGUAGUGCUGCUGGAUUCGGUUGAGGCUGGUGGUCUGUCCUCUAGCCCUCCAGUCCCCACAGCCCUGAGCCAUAGGCAGAUGGGGAAGAGGCUUCAUUUACCCCUCUACUUUAUCUACAUCUUGCUCUCCCAGUUGGCUUUUCAAGGAGUUGGGGCUGCAGGGAAACCAUGUUGGUGGAGUCCCUUGUUUGUACCAAGGGUAAAGGCAACCAAUUCCCACACUGGCCAGCCGUUUCCACAAGUUCUGCUGCUAUGCUCUGUGGGGACAGGAGGGUGGCUGUGGGAGGCGCUGCCUUGCACCCUAACCCUUGCACAAGUACCAGAAGCCAGGCUGGGGCCUCCUGCCCACUGCCCCCAGGGCACCGGAGUUGGGCAGUGGGCACUGACGCCCGGGUCCCAGGAGAGCCUGAGCGUGCAGGGAGCUACAGGUUCCCCUUGCCCUGACUCCUCAGCCUUCAAGUCCUGCUUCCCAGGACCCAGGGGAUCAAGGACACUUCGUCGGGCAUGGCAGGGGUGGCAGUCAGGACAGCAAUCAGAUCUGAAAGGGAGAGCACCUAGGGCUUCACUAGGACACGCUGGCCUUGCACAGAACCCUGCCACCCUUCCCCUGUCCAGGACCGUCAGCUCUAGAACGUUCUCGCCUGGUCCCUGGGUGGGCUGCACAUCAUUCGGAUCCGGGUGGCAGCCAGUGCUCUUGCCCAAAGCAGGAGAGCAGGCCAGCUGCCGCCCCUGGCUGUUCUUGGUGGGCAUAGCCUGAUGGCACCGCUCGGCAGUACCCCAGGGUUGCCCUGCACAGAGACCCAGGCAGGCUGCAGGCCUGGGAACAUUGGAACUCCUGACUUGUGUCACUGUUGGGCGUCUGCACACGCUCUGCAUCGCCUGCCCUUCCCAUCCCUCAACAUUUUAAGGAGGAGUGUGAAGGGAGCCUGCCCCUCCCCCUUGGUUUUCCCUGCUUAUGAGGCUUCUGGCAGAAUUUGCCUUUGCCACUGCAUUUGAGGGUGACAUCACUUGUAAGAGCAGCUUGCUGGCCGGAAGGUUUUGGGACAGAGCCCUCCCUCCCCAGACUAGGCUUCAGCCCCUUGUCUGUGGGACUGGGUUCCGUGGAAGCCAGUGUCCCCUUGAUAGAUGGUCCUAGGCCACUAGGCACCCUGGCCUCAACUCCAAAUAUGGCAGUGGGCUGGCUAGCUGCAGCAUAUUGUCACCAAAUGUGAUUUUUGCUUGUGCUGCUUCCUGUCCUGUGAGCAGAAGGCUUACUGUGCAGGUGGGGGGCCAGGUCUGCUCCCCAAAAGAGUAGACCUGCUUGGGGCUGCGGGCUGUGCAGAUCAUGUGGCAGGGGAAGCAGGAGCAGCGCUCCUCGCCAGGCGGGCUUGACCGCGCGUCUGCACCUAGGGAGAAGGUGACCUCGUCACUCGAGGACCCUGGGGAUGGGUGCGGGGCGGCCCCAACACCUGGCAGCCUGUUUCCCUGUGCCCCUCCUGACAGCAGCGAUGCCACUUGCUAUCCAUGUAGUUGAGACAGGGCGUAAGUUAUUGUUUGCAUUUAAAAAAAAAUCAUGUUCCCUGUGUACAUUUUUUUUAAAAAAAAGGAAAUGUCUUGGAAAUGUAUGGGAAUAAAACUGUUUGAAAAAUUUGGAAUAGUGCUGCUGCCGGCUUAUUUUUCUGGUACUUGUAUUUUCACAUGUUAAAUGACCUUUAUAUAUGUUGAAUUAACAAAUAUUUUGAGUUUCCUGAGAAAAACAAACAUUAAUGGUAUUGAAAUGUGUUAGUAGUCUGGCCGUGUGCCCAAAAUUCUGUUUUGCAGCAAAGUGGAAACUGUAUGUAAAGAAAGUAUAACAAUUAUUUCUCGUAUUUUAGGGGCUUUAACCAGGACCGCUCUAGUUGGUGUUAGGAGUGUUGCUUAAUUUCCAGGCUUUUCUUUUAACAGUCGUGGGGUGUGAGGCUCCAGCCUGAUUAGUGCAUGGCCAGCCCUCAACAAGGCUGAGGCAUCUCUGACCGAGGUGUUUUUGUUUGGUUUUGUUUUUUAAAAUCAUGUAUUUGCUACAAAGUAUUGUACUUGUCUCAAUGGGAAUGGUGUAAAGAACUGAAAGGCCUUAUGUGAUAUGUAUCAUAGUUAAUAAAUCAAUCUUGUAAAAAACCAAA